GUUGGAAGAAAGAAAAACGAUGAGAUCAUCUCUGGUUGCUCGCAUGGAGAGUUGACCGUUUCUCCGUACGCUGUUGCGCGCAGUCAGUACCGGUCGUGCGACCGAUUUGGAGGGUUCUUUUGAACAGUUCCGAAAACGGGCCGAGAAAGGAAGAAGUGUAACGCCGGCAACAAGGGAAAGGAACGAUAGGUCGAGGUACGUGAAAGAUCGCAAUGCGGACGAAAGUGAAAUUCCUCUUAUUUACGUUGCUAUUAGUGGCCCUUUUGGUGGAUGUCUCGGUUCAACAACAGCGACGAAGGAAACAUCGUCGUCGCACGACCACGACCGAAGCCAGUAUUCAAGAUGAGGUCAUGAACAUGCUUGAGGCUGAUGAAAUAGCCGAGGAGGCAGCGGAGGAUGCUGAGGUCACCGUCGAAGAUGGCAGAAACGAGGUUGGAUCGAAGCGUCAGAGUUUGCUCCGUUUGGAUCCGUGCAUGGAUAAACACUGUGAUGCUGGACGAGUCUGCAAGGCUAUCGACGAUGACACUGCCGAAUGCGUUUGCAUCGAGAUAUGCGACAAAGAGAUCGAUCCAAGGCGAAAAGUUUGCACUAAUCACAAUGAAACAUUCGGAAGCGAUUGCGAGGUCUAUCAAGCGCGUUGUUUCUGCGACACCAACGAUCCCAGAUGCAGAGGCACUAAAUAUCAACACGUUCAUGUCGUGUACUACGGUGAAUGCCGACAGAUGCCUGAAUGUAAAUCAGAAGACAUGGCCGACUUCCCAAGGCGAAUGCGCGACUGGCUGUUUAACAUUAUGAGAGACCUUGCUGAUCGUCAAGAAUUACCAUCCCAUUACCUGAAAAUGCAACGGGAAGCGGAAACAAAUCAUACGUUACGCUGGACUAAUGCUGCCAUUUGGAAAUGGUGUGACUUGGAUGGUCACCCUCAUGACAGGGCUGUUUCCAGACACGAACUUUUCCCCAUCAAAGCACCGUUAAUGGCUCUCGAACAUUGUAUUGCACCGUUCUUAGACUCGUGCGAUAUUGAUGGCGAUCAUAAAAUUACCCUCAUCGAAUGGGGGAAAUGCUUAGAACUUAAUGAGGAGGAUUUGGACGAUAAGUGCGAUGAGUUGGCCGAAACGAAGAAUUCCGAGCAAUAAUAACUAUGAUAAAUUCCAAUGAUAAGCGGUGGUGGUUAUGACCACGGGAUAUGUAAACGGAUAGAACAAAAAGAAGGGUAAACAUACGACGUAAUGCACUAAUGAAAGGGCGAGGAAUGAGAAAAAUGGCGGGAAAAGUUGCAAGUAAACUGCUGCACUCGGCAACGCGCAUGUCUGCGCAGAGACCUCGUCGAUAUUGCAACCCAUCCGUAAUGGUCGUGCCAACCGCAGUUCUAGACAGUGCUCUCUAAUAAUAUAGAGAUGUGUACGCUAGAAAUUAAAUCGCGAUAAAUUCACAAUAAUUUUUUAAAUAUUUUGGAAUUAUUUGUUAUCAUAUGAUGGUUCAAAUAGAAACGCGUUACACCUGCUCGUUUCCUCUCCCUAUAGUAUAAUCUUGAUAUUAUCCUCGUAGCAACAACGUACGUAUUUUCUAUAUAUAUACAUAUAUACAUACAUACCUUUUGUAUAAAUUUAUUAUGUGACUGCCUUUCUAUCAAUAAAGAGUGAUACAGUUUCUUUCA